CACCACCACCACCACCACCACCAUUCGCGUUUCCAGAAACGGAAACAACAACAAAUCCGUAGUCCUCCUCUCGUCAGCUCCGUCCCCAGCGAAUUUAAUUCCCUCUCCCUUCCCACUGCGAGGAAUAAUACUCCCAACUCCCAACCAAAUUAGAUGUUCCCUGCCACAUAAUCCCAUUGGCAUCGGAAUCCCCCGAAUCCCAUUCCUUCUUAUCACCCCUUCCAUUCCCUCCUCCUCCUCCUCCCAAAUGCCUAUUUAACACCACCAUGCGAAUUCCCAAGAAACCCGUUUCCUUCUGCCUCUUUCUGUUUUAUCCCGAACUUUCCGCUUCCUCUCUCUUUCCCCGCUUCCGCUCUCCCGGUAAAAGAAAAGGCUUUCACACAAUAGGAGGUUAUCAAUUGCAUGCCAGUUAUUCGAUGGAAAAGGGCCACGAAACUGCUGUAGGAGGUGACCAGUCAGCGCAUUUUGCACCUAUGGGCUUGACUGAUGGUGUUCAAAAACCAUGUGUAUGGUCAUCUCCCCAAGGAGGACUGAAAAUUGACAUAAGAAAGCAGAUCUUCUGCAACAGAUCGUUGAAUAUGAAGAAUAUUGUUGCGGUAGGAUUUGAUAUGGAUUACACAUUGGCACAGUACAAGCCAGAAACCUUCGAGUCUCUUGCAUACGAUGGAACUAUCCGGAAGUUGGUGUACGAUCUAGGAUACCCUCGUGAGUUGCUGAAUUGGUCCUUCGAUUGGACAUAUAUGGUCAGAGGGUUGGUUCUGGAUAAGAAGAGAGGCAACAUCUUGAAGAUGGAUCGACAUAAGUAUGUGAAAGUUGCUUACCAUGGAUUCAAAGAGUUAUCUAAGGAAGAUAAGGUUAACACCUAUGGAAAUACAUUAGUGCGGGAUUCCUUUGACGAGCCAGAUUAUAUUAUCAUUGAUACCCUCUUUGCCCUUGCUGAAGCUUACAUGUUUGCCCAACUGGUUGACUUUAAAGACAAAAAUUCGGGAAAAUUUCCAGAUAGUGUUGAUUACGCUGUUAUGUACAAGGAUGUUCGAGCUGCUGUCGAUUUGUGCCACCGUGAUGGAACUUUAAAGCAAAUGGUGGCAAAUGACCCUCAGCGGUACAUUAAUGAAGAUACCUCCAUAGUUCCUAUGCUCAAAAUGCUGAGAGAUUCCGGCCGUGCUACAUUCCUGGUGACAAACAGUUUAUGGGACUAUACAAACAUUGUAAUGAAUUUCCUUUGUGAGUCGCGCACAGUGGAUGGUAGUAGAAAAUGCAAUUUCGACUGGCUUAAAUACUUCGAUGUUGUCAUCACUGGCAGUGCAAAGCCAAGCUUCUUUCAUGAUGGUAACCGUGCUAAUCUGUUUGAGGUAGAUCUCGAGUCGGGGAUGCUACAUAAUACUGAUAAUGGUUCUCCUAUGGCUCAGGUUGGAAGUUCUUCACCUGCACCUACAUUAUCAUUGAACGGACUGAAGAAGGGUUGUAGAGUUUUCCAGGGAGGCAGCGUUGGGCAUCUUCAUAAACUGCUUUCAAUUGAGUCAAGUUCACAGGUUCUUUAUGUUGGUGACCAUAUAUACGGAGAUAUUUUGCGCAGCAAAAAAGUUCUUGGGUGGAGAACAAUGCUUGUUGUUCCAGAGCUAGAAAGGGAGGUUGAACUCCUAUGGGAAUUGAGAGAUACCCGCAAGCAACUUCAAUUGUUGAGGAAUGAGCGCGAUCUGAUUGAAGACAAAAUACAUCAUCUAAAGUGGUCUCUCAAAUAUGACAAUAUCAGUGCUGAGGAGAAGCAAAAAUUAUCUUCUGAAUACAAUGCGUUGGAGUUCCAAAGAGACCAAGUGCGGUUCAUCCAUCAACAGUCUCAACGUGAAUGUCACCAAAUGUUUCACAAGAUUUGGGGACAACUCAUGAAGACUGGCUAUCAGAACUCUCGCUUUGCCCAUCAGGUUGAAAGAUUUGCCUGCCUUUAUGCUAGCCAAGUUUCCAACUUGAGCCUCUAUUCUCCUGACAAAUACUACAGGCCGAGUGAAGACUACAUGCCCCAUGAAUUCGAUAUUCUUCCCCUGUGAAGCAUCUCCGCGUCGUGAUAAGAAGAGGCAGCAUUUCAGGAGGAGCGUAGUGAGUUCAGCUUUGAGAACCAUUAAACAAAGAGCUAAUGCCAAAAGCUUAGUACCCCCUUAUAAAUGUUUGCUCCAAUAGAUUACUGUAAAUUAAGUGCUUAUAAUCCCUUUACUUUUCUUUGCCCCUGUAUGUAGUACAAACUUUUCCGCAUUAUGAAUGAAGAAAUGUUUCGUUGCGUGUCA